GAACGCGGAGAGGACGAGAGACGGCGAGCGAGAAACAGAAAGAGAAAGAGAGAGAGUUGGAGAGAAAAGGGGAAAAAAGAAGCAGCACUCGGCUUUGCCAGCGGUCGUAUGCGCUCUUCCAACAUUGAUUCGGCUUUUUUUUCUAAUCUGUGCUCUUCGCUCCCUGGCCCCCCCGUCUGUGUGUGUGUGUGUGUGUGUGUGUGUGUGUGUCUGUGUGUGUUUCUGAGUCUUGCGCCGGGCCCAGGGAUCAGAACAGACACCACUACCAAUCACACCUUGCCAAGGAUUUUUUUCCAAAGGUUUUUUUUUUUUUUUUUUGAAAGCACGAAGGACAAUUUAUUUUUGAGUGCAUCUUUGUCCGUUGUUGUCUUAAGUUCCUUUCUUUUUUUUCUUUUUGCAGACUGUGAAAUACAGUUUAUUUUAUUUUAUUUUAUCUUUUAACUUUUUGCUGCAAGUUUUUUUUGUAGACGCUCAUUUUGCUUUUUUCUCAUUAGCUGCUGGCUGUGGUCCUACUGCAGUGAAACGUGAAUUUACUCCUCCGUAAAAUCUUUGGGGGGAUUCUUUUUUUGGUUUUAAACUUUGGCCCACGGUUUGUUAGUGAGCAGCAUGAUCUGCUAAUUAUAAUUUUUUUUAAACAAGUACCAAGUUUUUUUUCAUCUGCUAAUUCUCAGCAACCUGCCAAACCAGCAUUUGCUUUACAUUGGGGAGCGCGGGAGGAAAAAAAAAAAACUGGUGCAGGGGAUUUUUUUUUCCACUUUAAACGCUGUGCCAAAUUUAUGAUGAGAGUGCAAAAUGGAUGAAUUUCAUCCCUUCAUUGAGGCCCUCCUUCCCCAUGUCCGUGCUUUUUCCUACACUUGGUUCAACCUGCAGGCCCGUAAACGCAAGUACUUCAAGAAGCAUGAAAAGAGGAUGACCAAGGACGAGGAGCGCGCUGUGAAGGACGAGUUGCUUGGGGAGAAGCCAGAGAUCAAGCAAAAAUGGGCCUCACGCCUGUUGGCCAAGCUCCGCAAGGACAUCCGUCCUGAGUUCCGUGAGGACUUUGUGCUCACCAUCACAGGAAAGAAGCCCCCCUGCUGCGUGCUUUCCAACCCCGACCAGAAGGGCAAGAUCCGCCGCAUCGACUGCCUUCGUCAGGCCGACAAGGUGUGGCGACUGGACCUGGUGAUGGUCAUCCUGUUCAAGGGCAGCCCCCUCGAGAGCACAGACGGGGAGCGGCUGGUGAAAUCACCACAGUGCUCCAAUCACGGUCUGUGUGUCCAGCCACACCACAUCGGCGUGACAGUCAAGGAGCUGGACCUCUACUUGGCCUACUUCGUCCACACACCAGAACAAUCAGGACAAUCAGACAACUCAAACCAGCAAGGAGAAACAGACGUCAAACCGCCACCCAAUGGACACUUGAGCUUCCAGGACUGCUUUGUGACUUCAGGGGUGUGGAACGUAGCCGAGCUGGUCCGUGUGUCGCAGACCCCAGUGGCUACAGCGACUGGUCCCAAUUUCUCCCUGGCAGACCUGGACAGUCCUGGCUACUACAACAUCAACCAGGUGACCCUGGGAAGGCGCUCGAUUACCUCCACCCCCUCCACCAGGACUGAAAUGGAGCUUUAUGCAAGUCUCCCACGGAGCUCCAACAAGCGCAAGUCCAUUGACGACAGUGAGAUGGAGAGCCCGGUGGACGAUGUCUUCUACUCGGGCCGCUCCCCAGCAGCUGGAAGCAGCUCUCAGUCCAGCGGUUGGCCUAAUGAUGUGGAUGCAGUGCAGCACCAUUUGGCCAGUGUGCAGGAGAGGAAGAUUAAGCAUGAGAGCGAUGGAGUGCAGUUUCCUUACCAUGGACUCUCAUCGCCUGGUUCUCUUAAGAAGCCGGGGAAAUUCGAUUUCAGCGCCCUGUCCUCCCAGACGAGGUCCCCCCGCAUGGCGUUCACCCACCACCCACUGCCAAUGCUGGCAGGAGUGAGACCAGGGAGUCCCCGUGCCUCAGCCUCAGCUCUGCACUUCCCGUCUCCCUCCAUCAUCCAGCAGUCCAGCCCGUACUUCACUCACCCAACCAUUCGUUACCACCACCACCCUGGACAGGAUCCCCUGAAGGAAUUUGUGCAGUUUGUCUGCACUGAUGGCCCGGGGCAGGCCAGCGGACAGCCAAACGGGAGCGGCCAGAGCAAAAUGCCAGGCUCCUUCUUGCUGCCUCCACCUCCCCCAGUGGCCCGCCCAGUGCCCCUCCCUAUGUCCGACUCUAAACCCAACAGCACGCCCCCUGAUGGCGGACUCUCCUCGCCCGCAUCUCCGUCAUACUCCACGCCAGGCGCCACAGCUGCCAACAGGUUUGUCGGCAUCGGAUCACGGGACAACAACUUUCUGAAUAUCCCGCAGCAGACACAGUCUUGGUUCCUCUGACAAGAUGUGUGCGCAAACUAGCAACUAGAAUUCUUUCUGUGCGAUCGGGACCCUAAACAACCCACAGGAUAAUUGUUCACCAACCGACCCACCGAUCGCCUGUUUCCAGUAUGUCUCAUCUAAACAUUCAACCAGCGCAAGCAGGAAAAUUCAGCAGCCUGACGCUUUUAGAGGAACUCUGGACUCAUUUAUCCAGUCGGAGGGAAGCAAACCAUUUUUAUGGAAAGAGGGACAGAUUGAAAAAUAACAGACAGAUUGGAUGGACAAGAGGAUGGCAGGAUCGAGAAGUUUAUGAGGACAAACAACAGACGUCUCUCCUGAAGCCACCACAACUUAGCAACAACACAAGAGGAACCUGAGGAUGGAAAAAAGAAAAAACUGCUAUUUUGCAGGGAUGGAUUGUAUAAUAAUUGACUGUGAAAAUCAACGGUGUUUCUACGUUUGCGCGCGCACACACACACGCACACACAACACAAAUAUAAAACAUUUAAAAUGCAAAAGCCCACAAUGACCCCAAUGAAAGCUGUAGUCCACACCACCGUGACGUCACACAGACAAUAUGGCGAUCACGUCAAAGCAAACUGAUCAAUCGUUUCCUCUGAGUGAUUGUUGAAUCUGUAAAGCUCCUUUCUCCUGAUUACAGAGAGAGAGAGAAUGUCAUGCCAAAAGAUUGAGGAUUGCACUAAUCUUACAGUACGUGUUAUUUACUCAAGGCAUCAGGAGGUAAACCAGGCGCAUGCCUGUUAGGCAUUUAAACGACGACGCGUCCAUGCAUCCUCAAUCCGUCAUUUGGUUCCCGCACAUCUCCCCGCACACAGAGUGACAUCAGCUCGUUACGAACGUGAUAAAUCCUGGUGGUGUGCUGUCAGCAUUUAGCAUUUGCCAUAACAGCACCAAACGCUCUCUCUCUGUCGCGUACUUCUCAUGCUGAAAAUGUCAUUUGGUCCGUUGAUCGUGAUUUUAUUUUUUUGCCCCCCCCCCCCCCCGACAGAAUCGGCUCUCGUUCCCCUUCUUUGCCCUCUUGUAAUGUAGAAGAAUGAUUUUGUUUUCUCUUGUGCGUUCUCUUAUUUGAAUUUAUUCUUUUGGCUUUGUACUAUUUUAUAAUUGUUUUGUAUUUGAAAUGUCAGCACCUUAUCAAGAAUCGCAGUGGGACGUGGAAGCAGUACAGACAGGGUGGUUGGCUGACCUGGAUUUACAAAAAACAACUAGGAAAAAACAAACAUAAACCCUCUCAGUGCCAGAAAAAUAAGCAGGGUUUGACAAUCAGAGCAUUAAAAAAAUGUAUUUUCUACGAGCAUAGUACUGGGUGCCAUCUGGUGAUCCAUACAUAGAAAAAAAUAUAACAAAAAAAAUUUAAUUAAAAAAAAAAGUUUUUUACCCAGGUACAGUGGCUGGUGCUGAUAAGUGUGUACUCGUAGUGAAGCGAGGAGGGAAGGUUGCUGCAGAUGGGACAUUGUGUCUCCCUGACGUUUACCUUGUUGUUUACACUCCCAGACGGCCGCUGCUCCAAGAGCAGAAGGAGCCACACUGCGGAGCAAAAUGAAUAUGUGACAUAUCCGUCUGUUUAGGAGAGCGAUGGCCUCUAAGGCUAACGAGAAAACCAUCCUGCCCCUCCCCCUUUUUUGGUGCACAGAAAUAGGAUAUCAGUUGCUGUGGCAACCCCCACUCUUUUUGGGGGGCAGGGGGAUGGGACAAAAAUAAAGAUAUUUUGAGUAUCUGAAUCGACAAGCCCUUGAUGAUCAAAAUUGCACUAAACAAUCAUGGCAGCCAACCGUGUGAGACUUUUUAGUUUUGUUUGAACUUUUUUUUUUUUUAACAAAUUAGAUCAUAAGCAGCUCACUACCUAUAAAUAUCAGCGGACGUGUUACCGGGACGGGCACGCACGUAGAGCACAAAUCACCACUUCAUAAACCGCGCACACACACACACCCAAGCGCCCAACGCCAAUCAAAGGGAAGUCUUAAAUCUAGACAAUCUGAGGCCUCUUCUUUUUAUAUAUAUAUAAUAUAUAUAAAAUGAUUUCAUACCGUCCGCAGCGGUAUCCCUCACAAAUUGAGAUUAUUAAAAUGUCAAGUAAAUCCAAGUACCCACCUAUCCUCACAAAAUAACUGGACUGCCUGGCCAUGUUGUUGACUGCAGGGAAACGCCCGGCGACAUCUCAUCAGCUCUGCACACUCGGUCCGACCAUACGACGCCUACAGUCAUUUCUUUUCUAAUCUAUGGAAGUGCCUCUGUAUUCCCAUUAUGCAAUUUGUCGAACAUGAAUUCAGGUUCUUUUUUCUCACAUAUAUAAGCUAUAGUGGAAAAAAAAUUAUGUCAGGAGAGGACGGGAGGAAAAAGCCGACAGCUCACUAGAUAAUUGCAGCAUCUUUAUAUAUAAAACGCAUAUAUAUUUAUAGAUAUAUAUACUCGCUUUUCUUUCUUUUGUUUGUUUAAUUUGCAAGAUAAGCUCUGUGGCAGUCUAGUUAUUUUUUGACGCGCGGCGAACAUCACAUCUCCAAACCACUGAUUUGAGCUGAAGUACCAGCCUGCAAAAUGAAACACAAACCCAUGGUGAAUGCAACGGUAUAAACACACACACACACACACACACAUACAGACACAACAGUAACAACUACAAAAAAAACAAAAAAAAAAAGAUUAGGUUUUGCUUUUUCUUUCUUGUUUUGAUGGGAAGUAUUGUUAAUUGAACUAAAUGAUGUAUGUUGAUUGAGCCAUGUGCAAUGCCUUGGUAGAGGAAUUGUUUGUCUGUUAGAGAUUGUUUGAGGGUGUUGAAAGAAAAUGAGGGAAAACCCUCCAAGUUUGUUUUUGUUUUCAAAGUCCGCGUGCCCCGGGACUCUAAAAAAAAAAAAAAAAAAAAAAAGAAAAAAAAAAAAGAAAUCCCAGUCUUUCUAUGUUUGGGAAAAAUUGUUUUGUUUUGUUCUUUUCCUUUAUUGCUUUUUUAAUGUUUUUAAGGAACACUUAAUUUCUAAUUGUUCUCAAAAUGUGGGAGGGCUGAAGGAACAAUUUUUGCAACACAAUAUAUAUAUCAUUAUGAAAACUGGUGCUUUCUACAGAAUUAAAUUCAUUCUGACUCUAUUAUACAUAAAUAAUAAACAAAAUUAAGUGUUAUCAAAGCAAAUUUUUAGGAAAACAUGCAUUAUUCUAUUUCUCUUUUUGUUUUGUAUUUACCAACGGGGGAGGGGUUCUUGUGUGAAAAGGUCGUGACAAAAGGCAUUUUUCGCCCCCAACCUUUAACACCACAGCGCUAAAUCCAGAUCUUCUCACCAACACGCGUGCACAUGUGGGACAUAGAUAGAUCUUCCCCAGUGUGGGAGGUGCACAUGUAUGGAUUAAAAUUUUUAAAUAAUGGUGAGACAGGGGGGGAAAAAUGAACUUUAUUACUUUUUGUAAAUGUCUCAAAAACAGCGAGAAGGAAUUGUUGACCUCUGACCCCCAAGUGGUGUUGUCAUCAAUUCCAAUAAGUGAAACCCCUCCCCCUCCCUCCCGCUGUAAAUGAUUCUACAUAUUUGUUUGGUGACGUAGUGUUUCUAGACUCAGAGCAUCUUUAAAGGUUGUCCCUAAAAAGUGCCUUUUGUUCACAGAUUCCAUCUUGUAUUCCUGAGCGCCAUCUCAAAAGAAAAAAA